UAUGCCGCCAUAGCGCAGCAGUCUGGGCCCUCCCACACUUCCGUUCUUUACUCUACACCUCGUUCUCUUACUGUCUGGCCCCCUCCUCUGCCCUAGCCGCCGGCCCUCUCUCUCCGCAGAGCCUCUGAGCCAGGCAGAACCCCGAAAGAAAAAGCUCCGGUGGCGGCGACGGUGAAAACACGUUUUUCUCUUUUUUUCCAGCUCGCUUUUCUGUCGCAACAUGUUUCCGGACCCGGUGGGUGACUCUUCCCUGUUAAUGGUUCCUUUUCUUUUGGCCUGUAGUGUGAUUUUCGAAGUGUUUCGCAGCAAGAAGUAGCUUGAAACGCACCAAAGAUACACCCAAAACACACGUAUAUCCAGUAGCCACAGAUCAAAUGUCCCAAGUCUACAGAUCCACUCGUUCUGCUGCUGAACAGGCCAUCACGUUCGAGGAAGCCAUCAUCACCGGGCUUGCGAAGGAUGGAGGGUUGUUCAUUCCCUCGGAAAUCCCACAGGCACCAAAGGACUUCCUGCAGGCAUGGGAAAACCUGUCCUUUGAGGAACUCGCUUUUGAAAUCAUGCGUCUGUACAUCGCGGACAAGGAGAUCUCGGACGCAGAUCUUCGCCAACUGAUUGAGAAAUCGUACUCUACUUUCAGAGCGAAAGACGUGACUCCUCUGGUCAAGAUCGACUCGAAGGACAACUUGCACCUCUUGGAGCUUUUCCACGGGCCGACCUACGCUUUCAAGGACGUGGCUCUACAGUUUGUCGGGAACUUGUUCGAGUACUUCUUGCAGAGAAAAAACGCCAGCAAGAAGGAAGGUGAACAGCGGGACAUCAUCACCGUUGUCGGUGCCACAUCCGGCGACACCGGUUCUGCCGCCAUCUAUGGUCUGAGAAACAAGAAGGACGUGAGCGUCAUCAUAAUGUAUCCAACAGGCAGAGUGUCUCCGCUACAGGAGGAGCAGAUGACCACUGUCACUGACGACAACAUCCACACAUUCUCCGUGAAGGGUACUUUCGACGACUGCCAGUCGUUGGUGAAGGAGGUCUUUGCCGAUGUCAAGUUUAACGACACCUACCAUGUGGGUGCGGUCAACUCCAUCAACUGGGCCAGAAUUUUGGCCCAGAUGACCUACUACUUCUACUCAUACUUCCAAUUGAAGAAACAAGUCGGCACCAGCGACUUCCACGUGAAGUACGUUGUUCCUUCCGGUAACUUUGGUGACAUUCUUGCCGGUUUCUUUGCCAAGGAAAUGGGCUUGCCUGUUGAUAAGUUGGUUGUUGCCACAAACGAAAACAACAUCCUCCACAGAUUCAUCAACUCCGGUAAGUACGAUAAGGUGCCUGUCAAGGUGACCUACUCUCCAGCCAUGGACAUCUGUGUCUCGUCCAACUUUGAAAGAUUUUUGUGGUACAUGAUCAAGAAGACCGACGGUGGCAACGACGACUUGAAGACAGGCGAGAUCAUGUCCAAUUUCAUGGCCGAGUUGUCAUCCACCAAGGGUGAGUUCAACGUUUCUCAAGAAACCGUGCAAGCAGCCAGAGAGCUUCUCGAUUCCGCUUCCGUUACCAACGAGGAAACCGUCGCAACCAUCAAGGAGACCUACGACAGCACCUCCAACAAGUACAUCUUGGACCCUCACAGUGCCGUUGGUAUCACUACAUGCCUGAAACAAAUCGACGCUGCACAAGACGCUCCAAACACACACUACAUCUCUCUUUCCACCGCACACCCAGCUAAGUUCUCCGAAGUCGUAAACCUGGCUUUGGGUGGCUUCGAAGGAUAUUCGUUCGAAAACGACGUCUUACCAGCAGAGCUCAAGCAACUGUCUACCAUGCCAAAGAAAAUCAGACUCAUUGAACACGCCGACCUCAAGACUAUUGAGGACGCCAUUGUUGAAGAACUUGCCAAGGAAAAGAAGGCUUAAAGUUUUUUCCCCCCAAGUUAGACUUUUUGUCUUUUUACCUCUUUGUCUCUUUCCCCCCUUUUCCCUUCCCUUACUUCUACCCUCUUUCUAUAAACAAAAUGUGUACAAACCACCAUCUAAAACAACAUGCUUUUACGCCUUU